AUGGCCCACCCCGUGCAACGGACACUGGGAGACAAGAGCAGACUGGCGCUAAGUGCACCAUGGUCGGAGGCCGAGGUACGGAAGGCGGUGAAGGAACUCGCUCCGAGAAAAUCGCCAGGAGCAGACGGCUUGCCUAAGGAGCUUUUCGACCAUAACUGGGACUUGCUGGGGCCGAUACUGAUGGAUUUGGUGAGGAGGUUCACGGAAGGAGAAGAGCUGCCGCACAGUGUCUCCACAGCGGUGACCAUCCUGUUGCAUAAGAAGGGCGAUAAAAGCGAGUUAGGGAAUUAUCGGCCGAUAACGCUUCUAAGCACAGUGUACAAGAUUAUCGCAAAGGUGAUGGCGAGCAGACUCAAGGCAGUUAUACACGAGGUCAUCUCGGAGGACCAAUAUGGCUUCAUACCUGGUCGGCAGCUGGCGGGCGCGGUGUCGGUGGUAGCAGACGCCAUUGAAGCAGGUGCUAACGGGAAGGAGGACUGGUAUCUGAUGAUGAUCGAUUUUCAGAAGGCCUUUGACUCAAUAUCGCGUGAUUACCUAUUCGGAACGCUACGGAAGCUGGGUUUGCCGGAGGAUUUCGAGAUCAGCAGAGCAAAGCUGGGGAUCGGGAAGAAAGGCGUGGGGAAACUGGCGUACCUGGGGUAUGCUGACGAUACCUCUCUCUUGCUACACGGUGUGGAGCAGCUGAAAGCAGCAGCAGGGGUGCUGUCAGCCUUCGGAGAAGAGUCGGGGCUGAAGGUAAACGAGGGGAAAACGGUAAUCUUCCCGUUGGGGAAGAACCGGGGAAAGACAGCGCCGCAAAACCUGAAUUACAAAUGGGCGGACAAGGAAGAACCGGAGCGUCUUCUGGGGAUCUGGAUUACGCCGAACGGUGACCCGACUCCAUCCUGGAACAAAGCGUUGGACAGGGCAAAAGGGGAGUUAACGAAGUGGGAAACGCAGCAUCCGACAACGUCAGCAAGGGUCACGAUAGUCAACAGCUACAUUGUGCCGAUCUUUCUCUUCCAGGCACAAGUUUACCUGCCACCAGAGGCCAUAUGGAAGAAGAUCCACAAGUUGUGCCACACCUUCAUCUCGAAAGGGGAAGCGGUGGAAGAGAAGCAAUUCAUCCUCUGGAAUUAUCGGCUGGUCUGCACGCCGCGGAAAGACGGGGGAUUGGGGUUGAUAUGUCCUGAAAAACGGGUCGACAGCAUCGCCAUCCGUUGUGUCUGCAAGCUGGUGCUGAAACCAAACUCGGUCAGGAAGUGGCUGGCGGAGAAAGCGGCGGAGAUGCCCCUGGAGCUGGACACAAUCUUCGCACACAGGUCGCUGCUGGACCACUGGGAAAAAGGGAGCGAGCGGUGGAAAAAGUUAAUUAAAAAAUUCUGGGUCUCUCCGCUAUGCAAACCACGGGCUCCAACAAACCGCUGGGAGGUGGAACAGGAACAUCUGGCGUUCAACCCGAAUAUCCCCUUCAGAGGCGCGAGCCCCUUCGGGAACCAGAAAGGUACAGAGGCGUUACUCGGCAUCCGCAUGGGAGACCUGAUUGUCAAAGCGCGAGACGGAACAAGUGAGCUCAAGAAGCUGGCAGCACUGGCAAGGGAGCUCGGCUGCAGGGAGAAGGCGAAGUGGGUGUUGAGGGCUUUCAACGCAGCACCAGCAACCUGGAAGGAGAUGGUACUCACGAAAUUGACAAGCGAGGAGAUCGUGGCUACGGUGAAGCUUCUACGGUCGAGCAACAGCGCAACUGGCGGUUUUACCUACUGGAAAGUGGGCGAAGCAAGAGGCGACACGGUGGAGGGGAUACUAUGCGAUAUAGAGGACGGAGGGAACUUCUCACCCUACGAGGGAAACCUCAAGAUGUAUUUCAACCUGCGUAGCGGGGUGCCGAUGUUCACGGAAGGGAGUGCGUUCCUGGGCCCCAUGGGGGACGUGCGGACGAAGCUUUUGCUCUCAGCGGCAUGCGAAGGAGGGGAGCUAAUCACGCUGAAAGGGAUAAGGAAGGUGCUGACAGACUCGGCCGGACCACAAGAAGAACAAAGGAGAUGGGAAGGACAGAGGAGGGUGAUCGAGUGGGACAGAGUCAUCGAACUGAGGGACUCCCUGGUCACCCCACGGCGGGCACGUGAAAUCCUCAUACGGCUCCACUGUAGGAACCUGCAAGUGGGCUCGACGCUGUUUUUCAUGGGGGUGGUCUGCCCACACUGCCAGGGAGAGGAAACCCCAGAUCACUGCCUCCUUGACUGCCUGGCGGUGCAGGGGGUGGCGGAUGUGAUGAGGCAUGGACUGGAAAUAAUGUGCCCGGGCCUAGCGUGGCAGGAUCUGGAGGACCUGCUCUUCAUGCAAAGAAGCACAAGGUCGGGUUUUCCAGAGGGGACAUGGAUUGCAACAUUCCUGCAUCAAGUAUGGCUGGCAAGAUGCAACGCGGUGUGGAGGAAUGAAGCCUUCCAACCUGGGAAGGUGACUUGGCAGGCGGUGGUAAAGUUUGUCGCACAUGCGAGGAUAUACUGCGCGGCGCGCAGAGAAUCAGCGCGGUUGAAGGGACAUGCCUUGGACAGUGACUGGGCGUACCUGGCAGACAACGAGGCAGUGGUGAUGCGACGUAUUUGCAGCAGUGACCCACCGCUGACGUGGAGGAUCGGCUUCAGCUCUGUGUGGGACAACCCCAGGCUAACACAUCAGCCACCAUAG